GCCAACAAAGAGCUGGCUGAGCUGCCGGGCCGGCCAGGGCGCGCCUGCGAGCCGCGGAGACAGCUCCCCGGAGGGGGCCGCCCGAGCCAGCGCCGGGGAGCCCGGAGGAGGGCGGGGGGCAGAAGAUGGCGAGGAAGAGAAAGCCCCUCGGCCCGAAGGAAGACCCACCAGACACUCCUUCUGAGGAAGAGGAUUUUGGUGAUGCAAGGACAUAUGACCCAGAAUUCAAGGGGCCUGUUGCCAACAGGAGUUGUACGGAUGUUCUCUGUUGCGUGGUCUUCGUCCUGGUCAUCGUUGGCUACAUUCUUUUAGGACUUGUGGCCUGGGUACAUGGCGACCCCAGGAGAGUGGCCUAUCCUACAGACAGCCAGGGCCACUUCUGUGGCCAGAAGGGCACCCCUAAUGAGAACAAGACUAUUUUGUUUUACUUCAAUCUGCUAAGCUGUACCAAUCCUUCUGUGAUGAUAACCCUUCAGUGCCCUACCACACAGAUCUGUGUCUCCAAGUGUCCGGAAAAAUUUUUAACCUAUAUGGAAAUGCAAGUUUUGUACAAGAAGGACAAAAGCUUCUGGGAAGACUACCGUCCGUUCUGCAAGACUGAUGCCGAGCCUGUGAAGAGUCUCCCACAACUCAUACUGGAUGAUGAUUGUCCGGCAGCUGUUUUCCCAAGCAAACCUUUUCUCCAGAGAUGCUUCCCCGACUUCUCUUUUACAAAUGGCAGCUUAUCAAUAGGAAAUCAGAUACUGUUUGAAGAUGGAAAUGGAAGGAUAAGAAGUGUCGCAGAACUCAAGGACGCUGUAAAACAAAUGAAUGAAAUCCUUAAUGCAAAGGAACUUGGGUUGAAAGUGUUUCAAGAUUAUUCAACGACAUGGUAUUGGAUUCUCAUCGGCCUGAUUAUCGCCAUGGUCCUUAGUUGGAUAAUUUUGAUACUCAUGAGGUACAUGGUCGGACUCCUCUUCUGGAUUUUCACAUUUGGUGUGCUUGGACUUAUAGGAUAUGGAAUAUGGCACUGUUAUAAGGAAUACGACAAUCUUCAGAAACAGCCAAAUCCUGCGUUAACUAUAUAUGACAUCGGGAUUCAGACUGAUAUAACAAUGUACUUUCAGCUGAAACAAACAUGGUUCACACUUAUGAUAGCACUCUCCAUCAUUGAAGCAAUUGUCAUCCUCCUGCUGAUCUCCCUCCGGAAUCGAAUUCGGGUCGCCAUUUUCCUGCUGAAGGAAGGGAGCAAAGCCAUUGGAUACAUCCCUAGCACGUUAAUUUAUCCACUUUUAACUUUCACUUUGCUCUCAAUCUGCAUUUCCUACUGGGUGGUGAUGGCAAUUUUCCUGGCCACCUCAGGGAUACCUGUGUACAAAGUCGUAGACCCUGAGGGGCACUGUCAACAUGAAAAUGAAACCUGUGACCCAGAUAUUUUUAAGACAUCUGACAUUGCCAAAGCCUGCCCUGGGGCUCUGUGUAACUUUGUAUCCUAUGGUGGGAAGAGCUUGUACCAUCGGUACAUCCCCACCUUCCACGCAUACAACCUAUUUGUCCUUCUCUGGCUCACAAACUUUGUCAUUGCAUUGGGUCAGUGUUCCCUCGCUGGUGCCUUCGCCACUUACUACUGGGCCAUGAACAAACCCAAGGACAUCCCACCUCAUCCGCUUUUUACUGCGUUUGGACGAGCCAUACGGUAUCACACAGGAUCCCUAGCAUUUGGUUCUUUAAUUCUUGCAACAAUUCAAAUAUUUAAAAUGUUCCUAGAAUAUUUGGACCGCCGUCUUAAACAUGCUCACAACAAGUUUUUUAAAUUUCUACAACGUUGCCUGAAAUGCUGUUUCUGGUGUUUGGAUAAAGUUGUAAAGUUUUUAAACAAAAAUGCCUAUAUUAUGAUUGCAGUAUAUGGCAAAAACUUCUGUAUGUCAACAAGAGAUGCUUUCAAUCUGCUGAUGAGAAACAUUUUAAAAGUUGCGGUCACGGAUGAAGUGACAUUCUUUGUACUGUUCCUGGGGAAGAUUCUAGUUGCUGGGAGUAUAGGUGUUCUGGGCUUCCUGUUCUUCACACAGAGAAUGCCAAUGAUUGUAGAGGGACCGAGAUCUUUAAAUUACUACUGGGUACCUUUGCUGACUGUCGUUCUGGGAUCUUACCUGAUCGCACAUGGGUUCUUCAGUGUCUAUGCAAUGUGUGUUGAGACCAUUUUUGUCUGCUUCUGUGAAGAUCUGGAAAGAAAUGAUGGAUCUACAGAAAAACCCUACUUCAUAGCCCCUAAACUCCAUGGAAUUCUCAUCAAGAAGCGACUAGUGCCCCAGAAGCAGAAAGACUAGAAAAAGUUCCUCACAGUAUCGCUCGCUUUUAAGUAGAAGUUUUGUAAAUUAGGUCCAUUGUAACUGUUGCUUUUGUGUGAUGUGAAAUUUCUGUGCUUAUUUCUAAAAUGUCAGCACCUGGUGCCACCCGCAGUGUCAGAAUUUGAUGACAGGAGCUUCUGUUGAUUUUUAGACUGUGGUCCCAGCUGAAGCGCAAAGUGUUAAUGUCAAACAUUUUUUUAACUCUAUAGCCGAAAUGUUUUAAUAACUUUUAUAACUCAGUGUGCUGUUUGUGUCACAGCUCUUUGAUAGCCUUUCUUUUUAUAACUGUAUAUUUGUAAAGGAUAUUCAGGCAAUUUUUGAAAACACUACAAAUGUGUAAUCAAUUAGCCAUAAAAAUACUGAUUUAUAGUUAGCCAGCAUAUGGUACUGCAUUUGUAAAUAUGGUGCUAUGGUUCUAUUUAUACUGUUGAAGCUGGUGGACAACCCUCUAAACUGUGAUUAAACUUGUAUUAAUGGUUCUUUAGUAAGUAUAUUUCAAUGAGUCAAGUGGAUAAGAAACAGAUGUUAAUGUCACACAAGUUCUACAGAGAGCAUUACUGGGUAAAAAUUACUGUUUCAGUGAGAUAAUAUUUAUAUUGAAGUCAAAUGUGAGUUCUAGAAUGUCAUUUCCAAUAAUAUGAACCUCUGGCCGCCACACAAAUAUUCUGAACAAAAAAUUUGAAUUGCCACAUGAUUCAUGCCUUUUGUCUUUAACCCAAAUUUCCUUUUUCUACCAUUUAAAAGAUGGGUAUGAAUUUGUUUCAGACAAGUGAUUAAAUCUUUUCCUGGGCAUAUUUGUAUUUCUAGACUAAAGAGAUUAUGUGACUUUGUUCUAAUUUUAGCUCAACUUACAGUGAGGAAAAGGAAAAGAGAUUUUCAGAUUUUACCCAAAAAAAAAAAAAUUCUGUUGGCCCUCCAUUAGGUACCUCAUCUGGUAUCUUUACAAGGGGCAUAUUUGGGGUUAUAAAAUAUCUCCCUCGAGGGCAUAGGUCUUGGCAGGAAAGUUGUCACCACCCUCCACUCCUGCUGGCCACAGGGGUGGAGCAAAGCGUGAAUCAGACACUCACAGACCUUGCCUAUCCCUGUGUACAAAUGUGUCUGAUAUGUCUGAUGGUGUAAAAUCGCAGCCUGAAAGCAGCAUUGAGUCAAUGCCCAUCCUUUCAGCUUUUACACUAAACUUGCGUGUAAGGAUUAUUUAUGUAUUAACAGAAAGGGACAUGUUGAUCUAGCAUGUUGAUCUGAAUAUGAUCCAUUCAUCCAAGAAAAGUUAGAAAUGUAUUAUCAUAUUGCAAAGUAAUAUAUAUAUGCUAAUUUAUUUAACUAUCUUGAAGUGUGGAAACCUAGAUUUAGACUAACUCCGUGGCGGGUUUAUAAGCCAAUGAACAGAAAAGAUAUUCAAAAUAUUGGUUCUUGUAGUGAUGACCAAUUUGUUCUUAGAUUACUUUCUUGAGAUUUUUGCAGUCAAAGGUGUCACUUGGAUUCACAUCUUGGCAAAGAGUCUUCUUCUUAUUCAUUCUUCUUGAAGCACAAAGCGGGGAAGAAUGAUGACAUCUUUUUUCCAACAAUAUUAUUAUUAUUAUUUUAUUCAUCAAUACAGGGAUCACAACUAGUAAAAUAGUGACCUCUACCUGAGAACUUGUAAUAAAUAUAUUUAAUAGAUGCCUAUGGCAUCCCCCAACCAAGAGAUCAUGAUAUAUUGUGUUUGGGUUUGGGCCACCAUGUGAAUUACUAUAAAUUUCUCUAUUUCAUUCUGAUGCACAUAUAAGUUGGAAAAUCACUUGAAUAAAAUGUAAACCAACAAUGUAAGAAACUAAUUGCCUAUUUAUAUUAUGGCAUUUCUAGUAAGAAAAAUAUUCUCCAUUAUUACUUCUUUGUGUAAUUGAAAUACGCAAAGCAAAAUUGAGCAUUGUUUUCGAGAAGAGAUAUAGAAGCCAUUUUCUUACAAAGCAAUUAAACUAAUAGCUGUGAAAAGGCAGGGGAGUGAUCCUCAAAACUUGCAGUUCGUGGAUCUGAAAUACUAUAACAUUUUACAAGUCUUAUUUUUCAAGGCUGUCCUAUCUAAAUUGUUGACAGCAAAAUAAAAUCCAUUUUGAACAAAUACGCUAAUUUACUCCAUGGAGAAAAAGAAGGUAAAAGUUAUUUUCUCACUCACAGAACUGAGGAACAUGCGAUGUUGGCAGACUCUGACCUGAUACACAGAAAUGAGAUAAUAUCUUUCUGUUAAAAAUCACAAGGGCUGUUUUCUCAUGACUAUGUUUACAAUAAUGUUGAUGCCAAACUAUGCUGUUUAAGAAAAUAUUCUGAACUGCUGUAAAGCAAGUAAGCAGCAGAUGGCGCUGUUACUUCUCCUACAGUUUUGCUUUAAUAUUUAUUCUGUGCCAUUCUUCCUCCUAGUGGACGAUUUAGAAAGAAACGAUGGUUCUACCGCAAGACCCUAUUACGUGGAUCAAUCUCUGCUGAAGAUUUUCCAGGAGCAAAACACACAAACUAAGAACAAGUAGAAGAGCAAACUAGUCACCCUACAGCG